GGGUGGACUCCGCAGCCCCUGGCCGCUCGCGGUCCCUCCCCGGCGGCGGCCCCCACCCUCCACUUCUCUCGGCUGGGGCGGCCCAGCCCUUGUGGCCCGUCCGAGGGGCUCUCCUCUCCCACUCGGGCUCCUCUGCGGAGCUGGCUGGAGCACCCAAAUUUGCCUCUUCGCCCGACGACCCCGUUGGGCGUGAACCUGCUCAACCCCGGUCCGGCCGUGCGCCCGGGGACGGUGCGCCUGGCGCUCGAGCCGGCGCCCCAGCCCGGAGCGCUGCGAGUUGGGGGUGGUUCUGGGCAAGUGGCGGGGGGCGGCGGCUGCUGCCUCGACUUCCCUCGCCGGGCGCUGAAGAAGCCCCUCAGAGCUGCUCCGGGUCCCCGGCGCUGGAUGACUGGCACGAGGAGCGCGCCUCCCACCUGCACUGGUAUGUGAGAGCUGGGCUGCCCUGCCCGAGUGACUGUGGGUCCUUUGUGUGAUACAUGAUCAAGGAAACACUCCAUCCCUUCCCUCCUUGGCACUUUCCCCACAUGACGGGACGACGAGCUUCUGGUUAAAGACAAGUAUCCAGAGCCUAAGGUCUCCUGCCCACCAUGAAGGGACCCUGCAUCAUUGCGUGGCUCUUCUCAAGCCUGGGAUGGUGGAGACUCGCCCAGCCGGAGACAGAUGCAUCUCAGUGCCAGAGAGCAGAGCACCCGGUCAUUUCCUAUAAAGAAAUUGGCCCCUGGUUGCAGGAGUUCAGAGCGAAGAAUGCUGUGGAUUUCUCGCAGUUAACAUUUGACCCAGGACAGAAAGAACUUCUUGUAGGAGCAAGAAACUACCUCUUCAGAUUACAGCUUGAGGAUUUGUCUCUGAUCCAGGCUGUGGAGUGGGAGUGUGAUGAAGCAACCAAGAAGGCCUGUUACAGCAAAGGCAAGUCCCAGGAGGAAUGUCAGAACUACAUCCGGGUACUGUUGGUGGGUGGCGACAGGUUAUUUACCUGUGGAACCAACGCUUUCACGCCGGUCUGCACCAACCGCACGGUACGGCUUCAGCUGAGUAACCUGACGGAGAUCCAUGAUCAGAUCAGCGGCAUGGCGCGCUGUCCUUACAGCCCUCGGCACAAUUCCACGGCUCUCCUCACGGCGGGCGGGGAGGUCUAUGCAGCCACGGCCAUGGAUUUCCCCGGACGCGAUCCCGCCAUUUACCGAAGUCUGGGCGUCUUGCCCCCUCUCCGCACCGCGCAGUACAACUCCAAAUGGCUCAACGAACCAAACUUCGUGUCAUCUUAUGACAUCGGGAACUUCACCUACUUCUUUUUCCGCGAAAAUGCCGUGGAGCAUGACUGUGGGAAGACCGUGUUCUCCAGAGCUGCCCGCCUUUGCAAGAACGACAUCGGGGGCCGGUUCCUGCUGGAGGACACAUGGACCACGUUCAUGAAGGCCCGUCUCAACUGCUCCCGCCCUGGCGAGCUCCCUUUCUACUACAAUGAGCUGCAGGGCACCUUCUUCCUGCCUGAGCUGGAUCUCAUCUACGGCAUCUUUACCACCAAUGUGAACAGCAUCGCUGCCUCUGCCGUGUGCGUCUUCAACCUCAGCGCCAUCUCGCAGGCCUUUAACGGGCCCUUCAAGUACCAGGAGAGCUCUCGGUCCGCCUGGCUACCGUAUCCCAACCCUAACCCCAACUUCCAGUGCGGCACCAUGGACCAGGGCCUAUACGUGAACCUGACGGAAAGGAACCUGCAGGAUGCUCAGAAGUUCAUCCUGAUGCAUGAGGUGGUACAACCAGUGACUGCAGUGCCCUCCUUCAUGGAGGACAACAGCCGCUUUUCCCACGUGGCCGUCGACCUGGUGCAGGGCAGGGACGCGCUCAUCCACAUCAUUUAUUUGGCCACAGAUUACGGCACCAUUAAAAAAGUGCGGGCGCCCCUGACUCAGACCUCGGGCAGCUGUUUGCUGGAAGAGAUGGAGCUCUUCCCCGAGAGGCGGCCGGAGCCUAUCAGAAGCCUGCAGAUCCUCCACAGCCAGAGCGUCCUGUUCGUGGGUCUGCGGGAGCACGUGGCCAAGAUCCCACUGAAGAGGUGCCAGUUCCACCACACGCGCAGUGCCUGCAUUGGGGCCCAGGACCCUUACUGUGGCUGGGAUUCGGUGAUGAAGAAAUGCACGAGCCUAGAGGAGAGCCUGAGCAUGAUGCAGUGGGAGCAGAGCAUCUCCACCUGUCCUACGAGGAAUCUCACCGUGGAUGGGCACUUCGGCGCGUGGUCAGCGUGGACGCCAUGCACGCACACAGACGGCAGCACCGUGGGAUCCUGCCUCUGCCGGACCCGCUCCUGCGACAGCCCGGCCCCCCAGUGCGGCGGCUGGCAGUGCGAGGGCCCCCGCAUGGAGAUCGCUAACUGUUCCAGGAGUGGAGGCUGGACCCCCUGGACCUUGUGGUCUCCCUGCAGCACCACCUGCGGGAUCGGCUUCCAGGUGCGCCAGAGGUCCUGCAGCAACCCUACUCCGCGACACGGGGGCCGGGUGUGUGUGGGACAGAACCGCGAGGAAAGAUACUGCAAUGAGCAUCUGCUGUGCCCCCCACACAUGUUCUGGACAGGCUGGGGUCCCUGGGAACGGUGCACAGCACAGUGUGGAGGCGGCAUUCAAGCUCGCCGCAGAACCUGUGAGAAUGGUCCUGACUGUGCGGGCUGUAGUGUGGAGUACCAGCCUUGUAAUACCAACCCAUGCCCUGAGCUGAAAAAGACCACACCCUGGACGCCGUGGACGCCUGUCAACAUCUCUGACAAUGGGGGCCACUACGAGCAGCGAUUUCGGUACACGUGCAAGGCCCGCCUCCCUGAUCCAAACUUGCUGGAAGUGGGAAGGCAGAGAAUUGAGAUGCGGUACUGUUCUAGUGAUGGAACCAGCAGCUGCUCCACCGACGGCCUUUCUGGUGAUUUCCUGCGUGCUGGGAGAUACUCUUCCCACACCAUCAACGGGGCCUGGUCAGCCUGGACCUCAUGGUCACAGUGCAGCCGAGACUGCAGCAGGGGCAUUCGCAACCGGAAGCGUGUUUGCAACAACCCGGAGCCCAAGUUUGGGGGCAUGCCUUGCCUGGGCCCCUCCCUGGAAUACCAAGAAUGCAACAUCUUGCCCUGCCCAGUGGAUGGCGUGUGGUCUUGCUGGUCCUCCUGGUCAAAGUGCUCAGCGACAUGUGGAGGUGGACAUUAUAUGAGGACCCGCUCGUGCACAAACCCAGCCCCCGCCUAUGGAGGCGACAUCUGCCUGGGCCUGCACACGGAAGAGGCUCUCUGCAACACGCAGCCCUGCCCCGAGAGCUGGUCGGAGUGGUCAGAAUGGUCCGAGUGUGAUGUGUCUGGGGUCCAGGUCCGCAUCCGCCAGUGCAUUCUUCUGUUCCCCGUGGGCAGCCAGUGUUCCGGAAACACCACGGAGAGCAGGCCCUGUGUUUUUGAUUCCAAUUUCCUCCCGGAAGUAUCUGUGGCAAGAUCCAGCAGCGUAGAAGAGAAAAGGUGUGGAGAGUUCAACUUGUUCCACAUGAUCGCCGUGGGGCUCAGCAGCUCCAUCCUGGGCUGCCUUCUUACGCUGCUUGUCUACACCUACUGCCAGCGGUACCAGCAGCAGUCCCACGAUGCCACCGUCAUCCACCCCGUUGCACCCGCCCCUCUCAACACCAGCAUAACUAACCACAUCAACAAACUGGACAAGUAUGACUCGGUGGAGGCCAUCAAGGCAUUUAACAAAAACAACUUGAUCUUAGAGGAAAGAAACAAAUACUUCAACCCACAUCUCACUGGGAAGACCUAUUCUAAUGCCUACUUUACAGAUCUCAAUAACUAUGAUGAGUACUAAGAGUUCUUCUAUUUUUGGCUUCCUGUAACUGCCCCAGUUCCUCAAGGCCUGUGCUCCAUGACUGCCCAUGUCUCCAAGACUUCAGAGAUGGAGUUUGGGUACAUCUCAAGUGCAUUUCAAGCCACUAGUGUCCCAUUGCUGCCAAAAAGACACAUUCUUAAAAGCAACAAAAAUCUAAUCGUGAAAAUCUGGUCUACAAUUCUUGAUCAUUGUUUAAUGAGCCAUGGUGUGCAGGGUUUUUUUUAUUGUGUUCAGUCCAUUUUUCUAACAAGUCAGUUGUUUUCUUGAGCUUUUUCAUAACUGUACCACCCACAAUGGAAGAAGUCUUUAGAAAUGUGAACAUCUUCUUGACCUUGAGCGUAAAUCUUCAUGAUGUUUUAAUUCAAGAAAUUAGGCACUUUAUAUGAGAGCCUCCCCACCUCCGCACGGUUUAUAGUAUUGAUAAAAUGAAGAAUCUGAAUGUGGCCAUACAGUGACUCACCAUGGAUCUCCAUCUUCUCAAUCUGAAUGAUACUGUGUAUGUUUGGACUUGGAAUGCUUCUUGCCUGAGGUCACCCAGGGAUUCAACCUGGCUUAUAUCUGCAAAGGUGAUGGUAUGAGGUGUGAGAUGCUCUACCCUUGGUUUUGCUGCCAUUACUGUAUUGUCCCUGGGGUAGGUGAGUGUAAAGAGCAGAGGUACAGACACGAUGAAGGGGGAACGUGUUCUACACGCUGUCGUGAAGCUCGCCUUAUUCUGACUUGUGGAUUUCAUGGCAUUUCAGGGAGCUCCUUGUCACGCAUCGGCCUGGUAGCCCACCUGUCUGGUCCACAGUAACAUCCUAAAGAACCACUCUGUAAAAUAACCACUUGUUUAGCAUUUGGAUAACAGACUCUAUACCUCCCCUCUCUCUGCAAAGAAAAAUCUUGAACAUUCAUGAUACUGAUGAAGAAAGUAUUGAAAGGACUGAAAUAUAAUUGAAGACAACUUUUUUUAUUUUCCCUGUUACAGAAAGUAUUGAAAAACCUGACAUUUAAUGAAAAGCAAAUUUUUUAUUUUCUGUCUCCCUGAUAGAACUAAUGUAUGGCCAUCAGCCCCUACCAAGAGCAUUAAUGAUGUGUAAAGCUGGCUUUCUGCAGCUUGUUGCUGUACAUAUUGAAGUGCUCCCCAAGUACCAAGCUGUCAUUUGCUUCCUCUAGUUCAGGUGAGGAAAUGUUCAGCUCUGGUGCCUCUUGUUUUUGAUCUCAGUGCUGCUUUGCCAUCCAUCCACUCCCACUUCUCCCUGCAUGGGGGCAGCAGCAUUUCAAGAAGUACCUUGAGAAGUCAGGGUGUUGUCAAGUAAGAAUUUUAAUGGUUCCAUGGUUCUGAGCUUCGAUCAUUUGUAAGCAUUUCAGGAUGUUAUGAUACUAUCCAGAGGGGUCCCCAGGAGAAAAAAAAAAAAACAGGGUAGAUUACUCGCAAAAAACUGAUGCAUAACAUAUGGCAGUUGGUUGAAUAAUUAUUGAAAGUAAGAACAAGAUUGAAAUGAUUCAUUUUAUGCCUCUGGGUGUCAUGAUAAAGGCCUGGGUGGACAUAAAGACAUGUUCUUAUUGAUAAAUGAAACUUCAGAUCUGGGAAAACUUACAGUGUGGGCAUUGAGGGACACAGACUUUUAGCCUACACAGGUUGGUUAGGUUUUCACCCUAUCCAAUUUAAAGAUUUGAAAAAUCCUAUGUUUAGUAAUGAAUGUUGAUGAGUUCAAAAUAUUCUUAUAUGCCCAAAUUUUCAGAAACGGCUCUACUAAAAUUAAAGUCUAAAUUGCAGUUGGGCUCUGGGAGGUCUGAUAGAUUUCAAAUGAAUGAUUUUCCAGGUCUUUCCAGUGGGAAGUUCAUGCUACAUCUCCCGUAUUCCUUGUAUGCUGUAUGAGAUUGCUCUGUUUCUACGCAAAGUCCACACUUAGGAAGUGAAAUUUAGCCAGAUAGUUUUCUAAUUUUCCUUGGGUUGGAUUUUCAUUGGAUGCUUCAACCUGUCUCAUCACUUUCCUAUAAGAAAAAUGUCCUCAUUUGUGUAGCGUAUUUUAGCCGGUUUUUAAAUUCCUCCCCCGCAAUAUUUUCAAAGCUUAAAAGUUCACUCUCUUUCCCCUAGGAAAGAGGAUACUGAUAUUUCAAAGAAGUAUCACUGGACUUGAUGGGAAAUGCUUCCCAAAUGACAUCAAAGUUGGUCUUUAAUCAAUCUUGUGCAAUGACUAGGGAAACCACCCUUCCCUACAACGGAAUUUUCAUGUUGUUGGUUACAUAAAUCUUUACAAUUAUCACUGCAAAGAAAUUCACUCAUUUUUGUUCCCUGACACUCUAUUCAAAAGAAAAUUGUUCUCCUCUCUCUCUCGUCCUCCUUCCCUCCCUCCAUCCCGCCUUCUUACUUAACAGGAUAUCAGUUCGUUUAGUUUUAGCUAUAAUCCAAGUAUUUUAAGAAUCUAUGGAAUAACUUUUGUUUUCCCAUCAGUGUAGAGCUGUUGCUUAUGUGUUUAUGCUUCCCCUCCGUAGCCCUCAUCAAGCCGCCAUGUGAUGGGCUUUCACAUUGGUACCUGCUACUUCUGCUGGAACCUUCAUAAAGCACCUCUUCCUUAGGCUGGGAUGGUUGGGAUUCCUGCCAACACUUGUCACCUUUUAAAUUACUGUGUGAUUUCUUCAUUCUCUUUAUCUUUUCCCUCCCUCCCUUCUUUCCUUCCUUCCUUCCUUUCGUUCUGGUACAAGCGGUACAGAUAGAGACUAAUAUUUUUAAAUUGCAUCUCUCUGAGCCUAACAUCAAAUGACAUUAAUCACAGUUUAAUUUCUAGGGUUAUUUCUGGGUACCAUUGAAGUUUGGCUGGUUUUCAUUAGGAAACUGGCUUUAAUCUCACAUUUAAAUUCUUUGGAAGUGAUUCCCCAUGCUCAGUGCUUUCUCUAGACUAGACUAGUCACUGUUAAUAUCAACCCUGCAGUGCCACGG